AUGCGCUAUAAAUGGCCCACUCAGUUUGUUCGAAGUGGGAAGGCAAACAUUGAAGUUCUUGUUCAAGGGGCAGGUCCCACGGUCAUUAUCAUCCCUUCGUACGGACGAGAUGGAGGCGACGAUUACAAUUCUUUCACCAAUUACCUAGUGAAUGCUGGGUACCUUGUCUUGCGGCCUCAACCACGGGGAACUUUUGGAUCUAUGGGACCAAUGACAAAUGUUACACUGGAGGAUCUGUCGGCGGAUAUUGCAUCGGUCAUUGAUACACUGGGUGGAGGCCAGGCUAUAGUCAUCGGCCAUGCGUUCGGUACCUUCCUUGCCAAAGUCAGCUCUGUGAUCUACCCGGAAAAGAUACCAGCAAUUGUGCUAGCAGCCCCAGGUGGCAUAUAUCUACCCAGCAAUAUGGCGGAAAUGCCCUUCAUCACUGGAAAUACAUCUUUACCGAUCCCCGAAAGACUCAAAGCUCUCCAAAAAGCUUUCUUUGCGCCAAAUCACGAUGCUCAUAUUUGGCUAGACGGGUGGUACCCCGAAGUUCUUGCUAUGGAGCACGCGGCUGUCCUCGAGCUGAUUCCUGCAGAUGACCCAUUUCAACCAAACUCGCAGUGGAAUGUGACAACAAACCUGUAUCCGAACAGAGCUACGUCUAAGAUUAUUGCGGAUGCGUCUCAUGCGCUAUUUCCCGAGCAGGGUAAAGCCGUCUUCGAGGCCAUAAUACCGUGGUUGAAACAACAGAGCUCGCACAUUUGA